GUGGCACACGUACUUUGUGGCCUCAUUGCGUCACUAAAAUUGCGUCUUAGCUGCAUGAUAGACAUUUUUAUAAUCUUAAGCACUCAAGAACCUGAUUCCAUUGAGUUUUACUUGGUUUAUAACAUCUAAAGAAGGCGCAAUCGUUCAAGGCCGUCAGGUAGUUUUUUACCACUGCAACCCCGAAAGACUGAGUUGGCAACAAUUUGAUCACGAGGAGUUGAACGAUUGCGUAUACCUACAUAUACUCUAGAUGCUUAUAAAAAUGAAGAAAUAGAAACCCGGACAGAGAUCCGGCGCGAUUUUCGACUGGCCACUGUCCUUAGAUUAUCAGGUCUUAUGGGUAUUUCCUAUGGUGAGGGACAGACAACUUUCUUGGGAACCUUCGUUGCAUAGAACAAUAAGGACUAGCAAUUUCGUAUUCAGGGUCGUUUAAAUGCACCAAGAGUGUCGUUUGCGUGACUUCAAAGGAUUCAGACCUACUGGAGGUGAGACAUUUGUAUGUUCCACUCAUUAUUGCUGUUUUGGUAAAUUUUAUUCCGCUUGAGUCCAGAUAUGUGUUUCAUUACCGAAAUGGUUCCUGACACAGUGAUGUUUGUUUGGCAAUGUUGGUGCUGUUCGAGCGACUCGUCUGUGAACUAGUUAGAGUGCUUAAACCGAGAGUGGCCUUUACUUACGUCUUAUUUUAAAUAUUAUCUGGGAAUAUAAAGUGAUGGGCGAACUUUUUAACUAUCAUUUUCUAUACCAAAUGAAAGUUUGAGCUUGCUAAUUUAAUAUCCUCUUGGGACUGCCUACUAAUGAAGAAAGAAAACAUCCUAUGCUUUAUUAAAUCAAACAGAUAGUAGUAAAAUCUCACCGAUUGAUUUCGUCUGUUGAUAUUUAUCUUGUCCUCUGGGAUCACUUUAGUCCCUUAAGUAGCGGAGUUCAAUUGCUAUCGACUAGACUAGUCAACUUGUAAUAAAGCGUCCAAUUAAAAACAUAUUCUGUACAUCAAAGUCAUACUGAAGCUUCAAAUGCAUUAAGAUAUCCAUUACUGUGUUAAUUAUGACAGUAAUUAGCAAUCAGCAAUCGUCCGUAGCUAUCUUGCAUUUCGAUCCCACCUAUGUAUGCAAAUACCUUGUUGUCCGUCUAGAAAUUCUUGAUUAUUCACUGUUAUUCACCAUAGCUACUUAUGUCGAUGGGGAAUCUGAUGUGUUGUAGUUGGUUCUACAAAUUAACGAGGAAUAAAAAUUAUUUUGAAUGUGAUGUGCCAAAAUGGUAGGACUAAAUUAGAAAGCAUGUCCGAUUGUGUUUCAAAGCCGUACAUUUGGUCCGAUUCAUUAAAGCUCAACUCUGCAAGGCGCACUGAGGUUUUCAUAGUUUGAUUAUAAAGGGUUUCCUAUCAAGUUUAUUAUAAUGUCAGUUGUGGUAAAUAGUCAUCUUGGGGUACUCCUUGUUUGGAUAGUUUGUAAUCAGCUACUCAGUUGUUUUAUGAACUAUGAUCAAAACAUAUUGAGCAUGCUUGUUCGCUUCUAGUAUUACCUAAUACCCCUCACCCCAAAAAGUCACCUGUCUAUUUUGAACUAUAUUUUGUUUUAAUUUCUUUUCACCGUCCGUAUUUUUUGAUAAUCCUUCGCUUUUCUGGUUGUCAGUUCCCUGUUUCUCAGCUGAUGCGAAGGGUGCGAUUGAGACUGAUAGACAUUUGUCCCAGAUCGUACGUUGUUUUUUUAACUUAUUGGCUUCUCAAGAUGGAUCUAAACAAACAACUAAAAUUCUACUUAUAUAUCUUCUAUAGAAAUAACUUAGUAUUUUGCAGAGUAGUGUUGCUAGCGUCAGAAAAGUCAACAAUGUAAUCUAAGGAUACCUAUUUCCAUGUUGGGAUGUGCUCAUAAACCAGGUGGUCUGAAUACUUCUCAUUUAGUUUUCACUAUUGAUGAAAGGGUUUUCUAUGAGGUUUUAUAAGUGUUAUAGUAACUAAAAGGUGGGAAAGUAGUUUAAACGUAAAAAUAUCAUGACAUGUGUUCCCACAGAUUAAAGGGCGGAUUAUAUCAAAUUGUCUUGAACUAACAUCCGUUAUCACGAAUAAAGCUCACCAAGUACAUAGUUUGCUUAUUGUGUAACAGCAGUGAUCUGGUUAGACUUACUGUACUUGGCAAAUGUAGCGAAUUAUUGCCAAGAUUGUAAAUCAUCGACUGAGAUGUCUUGGGUAUGUUAGGGAUGCCCGACUACCUCCGUAUUUCAUAGUUUCUAUCCUUUGAAGUCAUCUCUUCGAACCAUAUUCUUCGAUGUGCAGUCUUUCACUAUCAUUAACAUUACUAUUAUUUCAGCCCAGCUAUUCAUAUUUGAUAAUUUCUUUUUGUGGUGAUGUGAUAUGACAACAUGGGGUACCAUACGUUUGUCCCUAACUGUAGGUUGACUUGGUGAGUCGUUUGUUUAUUUACUCAAAUCAUAUAACGUAUUCGCCUUUGGACCACACUCUAAGUGUGGGGCUGGUGACUAUCUGGUUGGAUAAACCGAAGUACUUGAUAUUGGAGCUCAAAUCUGUGACUUAAUGGUUGUAAAUUAAACGCCUUAGCUUCCAAGCCACCGCUUCAGUUAGUAUUCAAUACCUAACUGUUAAUGGCGUGCUAGUUAUAUGUGGCUUAAUACGUAACUUUGUGAUUAUUGAUUUUUAAUUGAUGUUAUAUCUCGUAUUAAAAGGCUAGUUUGUCAACCUAGUGGGUCAUCCUUAACGAUCAUUUCAAUAAACUGUACUUUUUAGAUAAAUGUAAAUUCAUUCGUGUAGAAAAACGUGAGUCUCUAAAACAUAGUCCUUAAUAUAAUGAAAGUUUAUGACCAAUUCCAAUCCACACUGUUCUCUCUAAUAUUCACUUUCAUUCCAUAAAUUUAAGUACGAAAAAUGUUAUUUUAAUGAAACACUGGGCUUGCCACUUUAAACAAGGCGUUGAUAAGUCUAAGCUUUGCAUUACGGAAUUUUAGUAUUCAAAAUUACUCAGUUUAACACUUUGUCAGGUAAUAUCUUUCCAUGUAUGCGACUUUUCCAGUGGCAGAAUGUUAUAACUUGUGGCCUAUUUGUCCUGUUAAUGUAUAACGUAAUGAUACCGCCAAUCAGAGAGCAGUGGAUUAUCGAUCAGACCAACAACGCAUAAAACACGUGCGAGCAGUCUAGAGUCCUUAUUGGUCCUGACUGACCGACUAGCCCAACCAGUUAAGUUCAGAACACCAAUCUCAGCCUCUGCGAUAUGAAUCAUUUAUUUCAAACAUACAGGGUUUAUAUACUAAUCAAACAGACCACAUCGUACCAUAAAAUAAGAAACAACAUUUGUACUAGAUUUAGCCAAAUGUGGCUGUGAAUAAGGGGGAUAGUAAUUGAUAGACAAGGCAUAACUCAAGAAUGGUAAGUCGUAUAAUAACAGUUCAUAGGUCAAAAUAAAGCUCAUAAUGAGAGGGAAAUGCAUAUGAAUAAUUUAGUUAUUUAACAAUUAAACGAUAAAAAUGUACGCAUAAUAUUGGUCCAUAAAUGGAUCCCAAGAGUUACUACUCAUUAUUCUUAUCGGGACAUAAUACGGAAAUCUAGUUCGAUAUUUUUAAAGGUAUUUUAGUUCAUCCAUAUCCACGAUAAGACUGGUAGUCUCUCAAACAUAUUUUCUACCAUGUGUUUGUUAUUAUUAUUCAAGUAGAUAUUAAUGUCAGCCAAGUAAAAACCUGUGUACUGUAUUUAGAACCACAUAUUUUUUAUCUCAGGAUUAGUCAUGAUAUUGAACUACCUAAAAUAAGAGUACUAGCACCCAAACAUGUGACUCACUAACUGAAAUUUGAGUGUUUUAACUACUAGAACACCUUCACAUUUAGAUCCACAUUCUUCGUUAUGAAGACACGUAGAUAGUUAACUUUUAGAAAUAUUGUUUAGAAACAACGCAGACGAUCGGAAAAAUAAAAAAUAACAUUUUAUAUAGAAAUAAAAGAACAAGUAUAUGGAUUGAUAUAAAAGGUACGAGCUCACAUAAAUUUAACUAGGGUUUGGAAGCGUGGAGUUUGAGAACGAGUUCAUGUCUUUCAUUACUGAUUAGUACUCCCGAAAUGCAAUGAACUAACUUCAAUCUAUUACAUUAAAUGUUCCACUGAACCAAACUUCUUAAAAUCAAUAAUAAACCAUUUUGUUUUUUAUUUCAGCUUCACUUCGAUAUAGCGUGACGUUCUUGCAAAUUGAUUUGAAGAAAGACACAUUUUGUGUUUUAAAUAAUUUAUUAAAAGGGAUUUACAACGAUUUUACUAACGCUUAUCGACGCUUUGAAGAAUCAGAUGUUUCAUUUCAAGUGUCUGCGCAGCGCAGAAUUGUUGCACGACUCAAUGUGUUAGUUCUUAUAUCACAACGUGUAUUCGAGGCUGUACGUGGACUACCUCACCUAAGAACUCCUCUUCUCCGAUCAGUAUACCAUAUUUUACGUUUACCACUUUGGCACCACAACCCUUCACUGCGAUGUGCAGCUUUACGUUGCCUUCGUUAUUAUGUACAUAACAGCGUUGAUGUUGAGCUACUCUUGGAAUGUCGUCUAGAUCUAUUGAUUGCUCGAUGUAUGGACUUAUCUUAUUAUCCCACAAAGUUUAUUUUAUCAAAUGGGUUGUCUGGAAAUUCUUCGGCUACCUCGAGGGCAAAUAAUAAUCCGCGUACUAAAUUCCUUGUCACAUCGAAUCCAAUCAGUUCUACGUGUUAUUCUUCAUCUUACCAGUUGAGUGAAGAAUCAUCAAAUCAUCAGCUAAUUAGUGAUCAUUAUCAAUCCUCUGGAGUCUUAUUAAAAGGGACAAAUGCUACCCGUUUCUCUCGUCCUCGUUUUUCGGAUACUGAUCAUCCUAUAAAAUCAACUAUAACAACUCGAAAUUCCUCACCACCUUUUCUGUCUUCUAUUGGUGAGCGCCAAAUUGUACUGCGUUUGAUUUACUACCUCACUCAACUUACACCACGAUUAAUUCCUCCAAGUAUAAUUCAUGCUGUUGCUGCUCCUUGUUUAGAAGUUCAUCGUCAUUUGAUUGCUAAUUCAAAUGAAUCUAGUAAUAAAGGAGAUGCUCAUGCGGCAUCAGGUGUGGGAGUUCCUGCAGUUGUAUCACGUCAUAUACUUCAAAAUCGUCCUUGUCGUAUUGGAGAUUUUGGAGAAGCAAAAGUUAAAAUAAAUGAUUUUAAUGAUCUGGAGCUAGAUACAACUAUCCGGGGUUGUUUACUAAUUCUUGCUGAAUUAGUUAUUUUAGCCCUAGAACGUCUAGUUGUACGCACAAAUCCUUCAAUUGUUAAUCAUUCGAAAAUUAAAUUAUCUUAUUCCAAUUAUUACCAUUACUAUUACCACUACUAUUAUUGUCAUCAUCAUGAUGUCGAUCAUGCCAACAAUCAUCGACAGUUUUAUUAUUAUAAUAAUAAUAGUGAUAAUAACAAGUUGAACGUUUCAAUUGAUAAUGGAAUCAACGAAAAGUUACUGUUAUUGUUUCCAUUCAUUGGACAAAUUAUAAUUCAAGCUUUAAUGACUACAUUCGUGUUCAAUAAUAGUACAAUGCAUACAUAUCAUUCAUCACGUAUUCACGAAGCUGUUAUUCUGUCGUUGAUUACAGUUCUUAAUCGCUCAGAGUGUACACAACUUUUACCUAAUAGUCUUAUUUCGAAAUUCUUCGUUACUUUCACAUCUCCAUCAUAUUUGCUGCCCCGAUCGAAAUUACCUUUCAAUGUAUAUCCUUCAUUUCCAAUCUGUGCUAGAAAUUGUCUAAUUCUUCUCCUUCGUUCAUGGCCAGGUAUUUUCCAUUUUAUUCAUGAUGGUCUCCCAACUUUACAAACUUUACUGUAUACGUUGGCUGUUGGUAAUACAGAAAUAAGAAACCAAAUAUUAAGCUUAUUAUAUGGUUUAUUCCCAACAAUACCUAUACCUCAUUCAUCUGUCAAGGAAUUAGAACCAACCAUACUGGGUCUUAUUGAAGCACUGUCUACUGGUUCGUUCUCUUUGUUGCCUGUAAUAAAUCUAUCGAGUCCACCAGGGAAGAGAAGUGAUUAUUUACGCAAUGAAAUGUCAUGUUCAUAUUUGGACAGUUCUUCACGACGUCUAUUCUCACUAUUACCAGUAAGGUGUAUUUCAUCAUCGUCAUCUAGUGCUUGGAAUAUUGAAGGUGAUUUCAUUCCUGCAGAAGGUUGUCGUCUGUUAACUAAAUACGAUUCUAUUGGAAUUGAUUUAAUGAAUAAUUAUUAUGCCAUAUUACUUGCUACAUUGAUUCAAGCUGGAUUAUAUGAGGCUCUGAUUCGUGCAGUUUCCGAUUCAAAUCAAGUAACAUCUACUCGUGCUGGUUAUCUUCUUGGUUUGUUGGCUUACAAAGUUGAAAGUCUAUUACCUCAAGAACAUCCGGCGUGUAGGCGUUUACAUCAUGCUGGUUUAUUGCAUCCAGAUACUCCAGGUAGUCAGUUAGCUGUCUUGUGGUUGGAACGAAUACAUCGUGCUAUGCAAUUGCAUGAAACUCAACUAAUUGACACAUCUAACCUUAUUCACGUGCCAUUGCAUUCUCCCUUUCUGGAAUGUUUAGCCAAACAAUCUGCAAAUAAUAUCUCUCCAACUUAUUAUCCUUUGAAUCCAUUGCUACAAGAUCAAAUGGAAGUAUGUUUAAAAAAGUUUUUUUCUUAGAUUCAACUAACAUUAAAAGUGAAACUUUGCGAUAAACUAGUGAGACGAUUUAGGAUACUCUAAAUGUAAGUAUAAAUCUACCUUUUGUAUACCUGAUUAGAUGGAAAUUCGAUAUAGAUUAAUCUACAAGAUUUUUACUACCUAAAAUAAUUGUAAGUAAUUAAGACAUAUUCGAGAAUGGACGAUGGAAUGUUAAAAGCAGUUACCAGUGACACAUACUUUUGAAGUCCUCUUCCCCGUUUAUCACUCUAAACAUUAUUGACCUUCCACUAUAUAUAUAGCUAGCUAUAUAAUCAGAAAAUAAAAGGAAUGCAGUGAAAGGUUUAGUGCUAAUGCCCGAAUGUGUUUAUAUAUGUAUAGGUAGCCGAACCAACCCAGAUAUGGAAUUAUUGUGAUCAUCUUCACAAGGUGAAUAUUUCAAUUACUUAAAACAACCUGUUUAUACUUGUUAUGAGAUCAUGGGAAGUUUCGUGAUCUGUAUUCCUUUGUCAAAAUAUCAGGAUUUCAUACGUAAAACAUGAUCAAGUAGUCUAAGCCGGCGUUUCUGUGUAGUUUGACUUCAUUUAUCCAAAAACAAUCUCCGUCUCUGACAAAAGUAAUUCUUCCAGCAUAGUCUGAGUAUAUAUGGUAUAUGUUUUGUGUUUUUCAAAUGCUAAAUGAUAUUUAUGUAAAGAUCUUGUCUGACUCUCGGGAAAUGGGUGUGUCUCCCAAGUUUUCUCUAUCAAUGAUAAGUAAGACUACUAUACCACCGGCUGUUAGCGACCAAGUUAAAUUACGAUAGCCGAAGUUAACCAUUAGGAAAAAUUUAAAAUGCCAUUACUUGUUGCUGAACGUCACGAUUUCGACUUUAUUUCGUAUUUUGAAAGGACUGAAUGAUGAUUUUCAUGUGGAAUGAAGAGUUCUGAUCAGGUUGCUAGGAUUAGGAGUUAGUGUUGGGCUGGGUUACAAUACUAUGAUUUCGAAUAGUUCGCCCCAAUAAGUUCAUUAGUCGCGUUAAAUCUGAAUCCUUUAUAAUUUUAUCACUUUUUGUGUAUCAAAACUCUUCUACAUCGGUUACAUCAUGAUUGUCUAAUUUUGAUCAGUUAAUCUCAAGGUCACUUGUAUAACCACUGAACGUCUUAAUAUAGUAUAGUUCUACUCAAUGAUAUACUGGACUGCAGCAAAAUAAACCAUGUAUAUAUAUACGAUUUAUGAGGCGAAUAUUUGAUUAUUUUUGUCAUUUUCUUCAGUCAUACUUUUUCUCCAUUUUAUUUUAUUCGUGGUCAUAAACAUUCCUACAGUAAAUUAAUCGUUAUCCUAAUUUCUAGGCAAUUUAUUGUUAUCAUUUUGUAGAGUUAUGCUCUUUACACAAAGUAAACCGCAUUGGUAUCUACUAUAAAUGCGUUAUUUUAUUUCCAUGUCACUUUUAUAUGUAUAUUUGGUAAUUUUAAUUUUUUCAGGUGACACAUUAUUUACCUACACAUGCGUUUGUUUUUCUGCUUAAAACUAACAGACCAGAUACUGACAUUUAUUUAUGCCUAAUUGUUUUUCCUACAACUUAGUUGAUGUUAAUCCAUUUGUAUUGGUCAUUCUAAUCUUCCCACUGACUUUUAGGAUUGCAAUUAAUUAGUCUCUUUUGACUCAUGUACAUCCUCUGCAGAUUGCGUCGAUACUAUUAAACCACAAACACUUUUUAAGCAGAGAUAGAUGAUGUUUGACAGUAGAACCAAAGACGCGCGUUUCAUCCUCUUUAGGAUUCGUGAGGUGGAUGUACCUGGUUCCUAGAGUUGAUGUUCACCUCGAAAUUCGUACUUAAUACCUUUCACUUCAAGUAAAAACAUACAAGACUCAUAUAUACAGAAAAAGGCUUGUUAAUUCCAAUCCUAAACGCCAGUUGGAAGAUUCGGACAACCCAAACAAAUGAAUUAAAAUUCACCCUAUUACAUAAGCUAGUUUCUACUUAGAUUUUGGAUAACGCGUUUAGGUUUGAACCAAAAAAAAUACCUGAUCCCGAUUUCGAAGUGAACACCAAGUUCGAAAUGCAAAUACAUCCCAAACAGAACCAAAUGAGCGUCCUAGACUCCACUGCUAACCACAUUCCAGGUCUGCUUAGAAAGUAGUUGAUGUUAUUUUUUCCCAAAAAUCAAAUGUUAAUGUUUAUUUUUUAAAGUAAUUCGGCCCUUAUAUUCCUAUCGUAAUAAUUUAUAUGUAUGUGGUAAAAUUAAGUAAAUUUUAUUAUAACAAAAGUGAAAUAUACAUCUUAUCGUAAUUCUUCCAUUUUUAACUUAGUUUUACACGUUUACGUUUUCCACUGUCUCUCAUCCUUUAAACACGAUAAUUCACUCGGCUUGUUCCAAAUCGGAACAAGAAUCAAGUAGGAACAAAGUAUAUUCCAGUAAACCUAAACGCAAAAUAUGCAGUAAUAAAAGCACUACGGUUUAUAUUGAGUUUACAUGAUAAUCUUACAGUAUCUUCCUAAUUCGUCUGCUUGCUCUGAUUAGUUGGAAAUUAGAUAUCAGCUUUCUCAGAUUUGAGCAUGCAACUAUUCAACUUGAUUUAGAGCUAGAUGACUUAGAUGCAGAUACUAUUUAUAGUUCUUAACGAAAUUUAAUCCAUCAACAUUAAUAAAGCUUUGUCCAUGUAUAACAUUAAUUGUUGUUAGGUUAUUCUAAAUAACUCUGUUCUCAAUUAUCCUGUUUCCUAAUGAUUGAUUGGAUAAUGUCCCACAAACGAGUAAGUAGAUCAAUCAAAAUAUCAGUUUUUCCAUUCAUCUUCUCACAUAAAUCUGUUUAAGUUCAAGUGAAUUUGAACUUUGAAUGAGUUGAAACUAGUACCAUCAAUGUCAUGUGCUAAUAUUUACGCGAACAAUAAAUAUGUAUCUUACCAUCAAUGCAAACCAAAAAGUAAGAUGAUUUCAAAGUCAUUAUAUUACAAACGCUAUUCAUGUUCUCAUAAGAGUAUUCAUGUAUGUUUCAUCGUUCUUAUUCACUUUUGUUUUAAGCUUACGGAUACAACUCUAGAUCAGUUGAUCGCAUUAUCAAAUGUGUUAUCAUUCAAGUCAAAAUCUCAACAUGGUCGUUUUAGUCAAUGUCAGGUGACUACAUAUGAUACUAAAUCACCGGAGUUAUGGAAUUGGAACAUUUUAACCUCAUUAGGCCGUCAUUUAGCUGUAACUCGAUGCACAUUUUCUUGGGAAUCAAAAUCACAUAUGAAAUUUCUAAAAGCAGUCAUGGAGUUUUUGAUACCGGAUCAGACAUGCAGAACAGUAGUGUAUUCUUCUAUUCCAAGUAAAUCUAUGCAGUCAUCGGAUGGGCUAUUACCAGUUGAUGGACUUCUGAAUGCGAUCAGUGAUAAUCGUAAUUUUGUGCUACAAAGUGUAAAUACUUUGAACGCACACGAUAAUACUGAUCAUUUAUUAGUAUAUUCUCGAGAGAAAAACAUGUCUGAUAUUAAUGCUACAAGUACUAUCAUGAAUAAUAAUUCUAAUACAAGUCGAUCGAAUUAUUUAAUCAAUCCGAAUGCCAAUUUCAAUUUAGCUUGGCUUUCAUAUAAUUGGCCUCAUGCUUCAGCUGCUGGAAUUUUAGCUGCUGGAUUAAUAACACAUUUGGCAUACUAUCCUCCAGCUAGUGAACCAUUUCAAUACUUGGAUCGUUUUUUAACUGUACUCCAUCUAUGUUUAAAAUAUGUACUCAACAAACAAUCUAAUGAAUCAUUCAUCAGUCAUAAUGAUAAUAAUAACGGUAAUAAUAAAUCAAUAAGUCAGAAACUUUCGCAAGACAGUAAUAAUAAUCCUAACAAUAAUAAUAACACUAAUAUGAUAUUAACAUUCCAUCCAAAUUAUUUGGCUAAAAGUUGUGGUGGUCUGAUUUUAUUUGCCGCAUCACGAUUAACCAAUUCUGAAGUCGGUGAAUUACGUUUGGAAAAAAGCGAUCUUUGUUUAGAUUUCCAGUGUAUUUUAAUGUUUCCUAGUCAAUUGAAAAAAAAUUCCAAUACAUAUACUGAAACUCACUGUAAUGAUACGGAUGAUAAGCGUAAUCAACAAUCCAUUUUUCUAAAUCAUGCGAAAAUUAUAUUAUCUAGUCUAGAUUAUACACAUUCUACUAAGUUGAGUCGUUUGCUCUUGACAACUGCUGUAAAUAGUGGUAUAAAGCCUUUACGAAUUUAUACAAUUCGUUUGAUUCGUCUUUUAUUUCGUCUGAAACUGCCGUUUCUAGCAAGUUGGUGUAUAGAUUUAGUUGUAAAACUAUGCAUGGAUCCAUCAAACAAAAUUCGUCGUUUAGCCUUAUGCCUAUUAGAAGUAUGUGUACUAUGAUUAUCUGUAUAAUAUUUCUUGGCUGUUUAUCCUCAGCUUCCUCAAUGUUCAAUACAUAUGUCGUUACCAGCUUUUCUCAGACAUUUUCCCGUUUAUUUAGAGGGUGAGUGUUGCAUAUUAGAGUGUAAUUUGCAUUUAAUCUUUCUUUUCAAGCCCUAACUUUAUAUUUAUGUUUUUCAUUCGGCUUGCUGAGCUGCACUACACUAACAUAUAAAAGACGGAGAUAAAUCCAAACGCUUGAAAUAAAAAUUUCACUGAAAUAUGCAACACACCCGCUAAAUGAAUGGGAAAUUGACUAAAAGUGCUGGAUACAACUCAUUUAUUGAGCAUUUAGGACGUUGUUGAUAUUUUAAUUGUUUUUAUAAAUGUAAAGGAUCGGAAAACAAAAAAUUAAGAGUUUAGUGGUUAUUCCUUAAAAAUUUAUUUAGUUUGUAUUUAUUUUAAAGAGAAUUUUAAAAAUCAGUUUAUUGUUUCUAUCGAGUUUUCAUGUAACUUUAAUUGUAGACUUACGGAGUUCAAAAAAUAACUGUCAGUUUACUGUGCUUGUAUUGUCAUGCAGUUCUGUAUCAAAAAUAUAUUGACUUUAUGCGUUGUAUUUUUGUUUGCAUAAUAUUAUGAAUCAAAAUAUUGAAGGAGUUUUGUUUAUUCGUUCUGGCUUUAUAGAAGAACAAGUAAAGCGAUAAACACAUAGAGUGGCGGCCCAACCUAAAUAAUCUUUAACAUUAUGGAUCGUCUCGGCUUUUAUCUAUAUGUCUUCUUUGUGUAAAGUUGGUUAUAUCAACCUCACAAGUUGAGCUGUUUGUCCAUGCAUCUACAAGUAUUAUACUUGCCUGGCUUACAAAAAAGAGUCCAAAUCAAACAACUUGAUCCUCAAAUACUUCAAUAGGAGUCUACAACAUUAGAUGAAACAUUUUAAUGGGAUUAUAUAUCAUUUCAGUGUUCAGAACCUUAGCUUCAUCAAUGCUAACCUAAAGUAUAUGUUUAGAAACAACAUGUUCAAUCCCUAAGGUUUUAACAACCCUAACACCCCGUCUAACUUGAUUUAUAGUCAGAACAAUUGUUCUUUAUUUACAGGUAUAGUACUUAGUCUUCAACUACCAGUUUUUUUGUAGAUUUCAGUAUCAUUUUAAGUUUAUUUACUGACCUGGGGAACUAAGCAGUACCGCUAGCCACCAUUCCGAAUCCGUCAAGUAAGUGGACAAGGUGUACGUAUUACUAACUACUAACCUUCAUUUAUAUUUCCUUCUAUCUCAAACCAGUUUAACUGCCAAAUGUAGAUUUUUUUGUGAAUUCGCUCUUGUAUAUGUACAUUUCAUUAAAUUUGAUUCACUGUGUUCAUGUAAGUGUUUAAUAACUUUUAUUACGUUAUCUGUGUAAUUUAAUACCCCUUUCCUUUAAAAGAAUAGAAUUUUAAUAACGUUCAAAAAAGUCAGUAACCCUUAGUGAUCUACUGUAGUCUGAAAUCAUGCUCUUCACUACAAAACCAAGACAUGCUUCCGGUACGUGAAGUGAUUGCCUGAUCCAUGUAACUACGUGAGACUACUUCGUUUGGGUCUGCGCGAUUUUCGUAUUGAUUGGAAACUUCAUGUGAAACUGCUCAAAAUCGGUUGCAAUGACGCAGAUGCUUUCACUCUAUAUGUUUUCUUAGAUCUUCAGACUUGAAAUUAUCUUAUGUUCUGCAAAUUCAUUGUUCUAAAACUAUAAUAAUAUUUUAUAUUACCACUUAUAUCGUUACUACUUCUACUCUGCUAUCUCGAUAAUUUCAUUUUCUUGUACUGAUAUAUUGUAAGAGCUUGGACUGAUACCGAUAUGUAACAGGUUGUUUAUGGCUUACUGGAAUGAUAUUCGUUUAUAAUUUCUCCUUUAAUUUUUUUCUGUUUUUUAUCAGGAAUUAUGUUGGGAUCCUGUAAAUGUUCAGGCUUUAUCGCAAAAUAUUCUACAUAACCAAACCAAUGAUGACAAUAAUAAUGUUUGUCAAAAAAACUUUUUAACACCAUUUGCUGUUUAUUUAUUGCAUGGUAAUACCGGUCCAAUAGGACAUAGAAUAUUUGGUAGAAUUCUUUCUAUCACGACUAUAUUCGAUAAACUGUGCAUGAAUCAUAUUACUUGGAGACAACCAAAUUCAUCAUUUCUUCAUUGUGAUAACGGUCGUUGUUGUACACCGCAAACAAAUAAGAAUAUGAAUUGUUCAAACUCAUGUCUGUCUUGUAAUGAACUGAAUAGUAGUAAUAAUGAUAAUAACAAUAAAUCCGUGUUAAGUGAUCCAGUGAACUGGAUGUUAGAUGUUGCACGAAAGCACUACAAUUUAGCUUAUGCAAAAGAAAUGGACGAUCGGUUUACUUCAUUGUUUGUUACAUAUGGAACGAAAUUACUUUCGGGUACAUCUUAUAAGUCAACAAGUUUCACAUCUUUUGAUUCAGCAACAACGAACUUACAAAUACUGUCACCUUUACAUUUUAAUACCAAUACUGACGAUGAAAAUAAUGAUGAUGAAGAAAACAGUGAGAGAGUUGAUCGACCUAGCAAUUCAGAAUUUAAUUUUGAAGACAAUUAUGUUAUUGAAGAAACUGACUCAGUAUCCGGAACGUAUGUAUCUCCUCCGUUGGUAAAUGAUCAAUCGAUUGAUCAAGUUGUUGAUGGACAUGAUAGUUUUCAUUGUUUACCGCUUCCAAAACAUCUUUAUGCAUGUAUAGCUGAACAUCGUAAUGGAAUCGACUUGUUAGAUACAAGAAAGGAUUUAGAGACCGCUGUUGCUAAUAUACGUUCUGUUUUGCCUCAAAUAAUCAACGAUAAGUAUGAAGAAACAAACACUUAUAAUGAUACUAAUUCCCUGUUAAAACUUAAAGCAGAUAUGUGGGCUUUAGCUCAUACCUGUUCAACAUCUUACGGACAAUACUGGUUAUUAAGACAUCCUGAACUGAUGACAUUAUUAACCAGUUUUGCUUUACACUCCAAUAUAAUGAACAUCAGAGCGUAAGUUAACAUUUAAAGAAAUGUAUAAAUUAAUUUCUUAUUAUCACUAUUGAUACGUUUCCCCCCUUCAAAAUCUAUGUAUCUGGAAGAUUAAAAAUACAACUUAAACAUCAAGUUUAUGUUUACAUAAUACAUUUUCCAUUAAUAUAAACAUUGUAUAAAAAAGCUAGAAAUACUAAUCAGUUAUGUAAAUUAAAAUAUUUCAUUGAAUUAAUUUUGAGUACCUUGAUCUCUUUAACAUAAACAACAAUCUUCUCUUUCAACUUUAAAAACGGUUAUCUCUGAGUUAUUUUUCUAUUUAAUGUUGUUAUUGUGACUUUGUUAGGACGGGAUAAAAUUAGUUAUCACGUUUUAAUUUAUUGCAAUAUUCAUUCAGUAUCGCAUUCAACAUUCAUUUCAUCCAUUCAAUUUAAGCUAUGCUCAAUAUAUCGUUCAACUACCAGUUUUCAUCGGGUUAUAUCAUAACCUGAUAACAUUACUAUUUUUAAAUGGUUACACCAAUUUUGAAAAAGUUUUGAUUUACUGUUCUUAAGGAGUUUAUUUAAAAAAAAGUCAUCUGAUAUUCUUUCAUGUACAUAUGUACUGAUAUUAAGUUUAAUUUCAAGAUGAGAGUAUGCGAUAUAAUUUUUGGUCGUGUUCCGUAAAUAGGAUUAAGUCGCUUAUUUUUCAGGGAAUAUGCUAAGUUAGUUACCUAUGGACAGCUACUCAAUAAUUUGGUUACCACAGUUAGUAAAGAGAAGUAUUGAUUGAUUUUUAUAGAGUAAAAAUAUGUUUUGUUGCUGAAAUUCAUUUACUGAUUAUUAUUGAUUCACAGGGUUUUUGUGCAGAUGCUUCACAUAAAUUAAGAUCGAAUCUUUUAGUUAACUGAUAACAGUUACGGAGUACCAGUUUGUCUCAAUAUACAGUGUAGUUUCCAGGUCGAAUAUACAAACCCUAUGGCAUCGACUACCUGUAACUCCACACUAGUCUAAAAAACCAAGACCUCGAGAUUUGACUUUGAGGAUGGCUUUGUUAAGACAAAUAUCCUAAAUCAUUGUGGUUCAUAUUUUGAAAACCGGUCAAUCCUAAUGUAGCAUAGUGUGACCCUCGUCCAAUGUAAUCGUUGAGUUGCCAUAUUAUCAUUCCCGAUGUAGAACACUAAAUUGUUCAGUUAAUUAUUUAAUGUUUCUUGCAUUUUUUUUUAUUAGGAACUCCACAUAUCUUAUUGACUGUGGCUCAGCUUCUCUUUAGCUCUGUUAUGCAGGGGAUUAUGUUCAUUUGCUACAAUUAGUUUCGUGUUAAACUAUUUUAUACUGCAUUUUAUUCUUCAUGUAAUUGUAUGUUAGAGUCUAGUGGGAUUUCUAUUAGCGGAAUUUUCACCUCCCAUUUUGUCAUAUUCAUAUAAAUCUUGAAUUCUAAGAGUUUGUUCCCCUUGUUCUUUGAAAUUUAUCCCAAUUUUCAUUUUUUUUCUGUAACCUCUUCUUUUAAUAUUAGGGUUGCAUGGAUUUGUUUGAAUUUAAUUGCUACAUCAUCAAAUCAAAUUUUUCGACAAAAUAACUGUCUAGGAAUCUUACAAAAUAACCAAUCAUCAAAGCACAUUAAUGAUCUUAAGUGCAAUGAAUCUUUAUCCGAUUGGUUAUUCAUUCCUCAAAUAUUUUAUGAUAGAAAUGUUAAAACUAUCGAAGGAGCUCAAGAUGAGAUAUUGGCCUACCCGAAAAUCCAAUCACUCAGUGGACAAAUGAUCCAAACCAAGUCAAAACCAAAUCGAUUACUUUCUGAUAUCUUUUCUGUCUUUCCUCCAGUCACUAAUUUUGGAGCAGAAACUAAAAAUGAAAAUCUUCCUCUUAGUACACAAAAGUCCAUCAAAUCGUCAGUUCGUAGUCAAGUAUUUGGAAACUUUAAUCGUUCCCGUCGGUGGUUGCAUCGUCGUUGGUCACCUAAUCAUAGACGGCUUUCUCCACCAAUUUCUGAAUCAAGAGAACAUUCGUCAUUUCAUUUACCGAGUCAUCAUCAUUUUGUAUCAUUUGUUAAACCAAAGCAUUCAAUAAAUUCUUUUACUCAAAUUGAUUCGUUCAGUUAUGAUGUAUCAUCUGUCAAUAUUUCAUCUAAGCAACUUUAUUCUACAUGGACACAUCGUGACUGUAUUUCACAUCGUCAAGUUGUGUAAGAUGACUGUUUUUCGAACUUUAAAUUUUUGUAACUUUGUUAAAACAUGAUAUACCCAAGUUAUUUGUUAGAUUAUUCGGAAGAAACAAUGGAUUAUUGUAUUGUUCCAUAGGAGAUUUUUAAUAUUUUAGGAUUGUCAAAUCUUUUCUUACUUAUAAAUACCUGACAACGACUGAGUUUCGGAUACUGAAUAUUAUAUGAGGAGUUUCGAAAUUAGUAUUAGCACUGGUAUUUAAUACUCCAGUCAUGUUCUUUGUGCUCUUAUCAACUUACAAACUUCGUUAAGCACCGUUUUAAACGUGACUAUUUCAUUAGCUAGAGCUCCGAGUUACGGUACUAUCAUCAUGCGUUAGUUCUGUUCCCUGAGCAAUUACGAAAUACGUCUUGCCAUUUUCGUCUCCCAUGACUAUCAUUCGUGAUUUGUUGUUUAUACUUGUAAACUAACAGUCGAUUUAUUUCUUCUUUUCUGGAUUUUAACGUUUUUGACGUUUUACUGUGCCAUUCAAAUACGCUCUGAUUCACUUAGACUGUUUUAGAUUCAUAAUAAUUUUAAAUAUGUGGUAGAUCAUUUUAUCAGAACACCUGUUAUUGCUAAUAUUUUGAAAUCUCAUUUUUAUGUGCAUCACACCAACACUGCUUAGUGUGUACAUGUGUUUUUUACUGAACUGAAUUUAUCUAUAUUUGAAUUAUCAAUCCUCUAGUUAUAUGAUCAAAUUUUGUUUGGGUAUUGAGUGCAAAGUUUUCAAGUUUAAUGUCUACGAAAAGUUUUGGUCACUUGUCUGAGAUAUGCUUGUGAUAAAUAUAACUACUACACAUACACGUUUAAACGGUUGAUUUUCAACGAAAUAGGUGACACGUUCGAACUUUUUUCAUGUAUCGAUGCUUCGAUAUCAUUGCCUCUGGUGAUGUCUUUCUUCAACCUAGUGUUAGUAAUUAGUGGGAAUAUUUAAGACUCGUUUGUUUGCAGAAAAUCGUCUGAACAUAAAAUUUUUUCUUAACCUGUCAACACUACAAAUUUAGCGGAUUCGAUUACUAGGAUUUAGGUGGUUACAUAAACCUCCUUACAAUCUAGUUUUAUUUCGAUCUUAUUCGCAAUAGUUGUAUUUCUCAUUUCAAGUUUCAACAACAUAUAAUCUCAGAACAUACAGUUAUUUAAAUAUUUUAUUAUUGUUUUUGAAAUAGUUAUGCACUACAAAUUGCUUUUUAAUGACUAUAUAUAUAUAAUGCGACUGUGUAUUCAAGUUGAAAUAUUGCUUGUCAGCGUCUGCCAUUGUAAGUCGUACCAAAGAAGUACAUAAAGGUCAUGAAGGAUUUUUACUCAGAAAUUAAUGGUCGAGUCAGAAUCUAUGGCGAAAUACCAUCAAGUGGUACUGAGCAUGGUUGCCCACUUUUCCAAUUCUUAUUUACUUUUGUCGUAAACAUUCUUUUUAGAGUUAAUGUUUUCGUCCUCUCACGUUUCAAAGACUGAUCUCUUACUAGGUGACUCAUUUUUCGAAUAAGAAUACAUAAAUGACAGUUCUGUUUAACAAAGACACUACCAAAAUAUUAAGCCGUCUGAUCAGAACUGCUUUAUGUUACUUCUUAAGCUAAUCAUAGUGCACGAAGUGGCUGGGCACGUUCACUACUCCAUUUAUCUUGCAAAUCUCAUUUGCCCUGUUGAGUUGGUUUAGGAUGAAAUAUUGUUUUAGCCGAUGCCAUUGUACAUCAGGGUGGUCGUUAUUGUAAUGUCAGUUUUUCAACCAAUGGUGGGGGGUCUAGUGAGAAGCAGUUAUUCUAUCCUGCUUUUAUGGUUUUGAAGCAUGGCCAUUCAAGAUAUUCGUAUACUAAUAAUAUUCAACUAUAGGUUUUUCAAAGCAUUUAUCACGUUUCUUAAAAUGAUUGACUGUGCAAUGUUGAGGUUAGACAGUUGGUACUUAGUAAAUAUAGCAAAUCUUUUUCGAUUGAGGCGGUUAAGACAUGCAAUCGUCAGUCGCUUCAAUAAAAGAUAUUUGCUUAUACAGGAAAAGUUAUAGACCGCCAUAUCAAACGUUGCACCAAUCCAUGAAGUCAUUGACUGCUGUUGUAAUUAGUGUUUGUAGAUGCAAACUACCUGAUUGGGGUAUGUGUGAAAAUCACAAUCAGUAGUUGAAUACUUUGGGUAAUUUGUCUCAACAUCUCUCACAACGGCGCAGAUGCAUUCACUAUUCACCUUGAUUUCGUUUUCUCAAUGUUUAGUUUUCCUUUUUAUCGUUAGUACUACUCCAAAUAAUUUGAUUUAUUUUGUUAUUUUCAUCUUGUGCUAAUCAGGUAUGGCAAAUCAAGCCAAAGCACAUCUGUACCAGGCUCUGUUGAUGAUGUCUACCCGUCCGUAACUUUAACCUAUAAGGUAUAAUGUUAGAUACAUAGUUAACUAUACUAAUGCAUUCGCCUUCGUUUACCACAAAUGGAUCAGCACUUGCUGUUGAUCAUGAUGAUCAUGAAUUGACCGAUUCAAAGCCUAAUUCUAAUUGUUCGGAUACCAGAUGGUUGUUACAAUCGUUGUUUCACUGUGUACACAAAAAUCAAAUUAUUUAUUUACCAACUGAUAUAAAAAUAUUGGGCUUUAAAAAGUAUACUAAAAAUAAGCAGAAAUACACAUUGAAGAAUCCGAUUAAAUCACUUCAGUUAUCAUCACCUCCAUCAUUAUUCAAUAGUAAAACAAAUAUAUCGAUCAAACCUUUUUAUAAUGAUAAUUCACAUUGUUUAUUUAGAUCACUGAAUUCUCUGGACAAUAACAAGCAUUCAAUAUCCUUUAUUGAUGUUGCUGUGCAUGUUCAAUUAAUGUUAUCUUUAUAUUCUAAUGACAAAUUACCUACAUUAUCAUCGAUACCUGAUGAAAUAUCAACAGAUACUACUAAUUAUACUGCUAAAAAUGAUAUCAGUGAGUGUUCAUCAAUACAGCAAAGUAGUUGUGACAACGAAAAUCGAUUGUAUUCAUCCAGUAUACAAAUUACUGAUCAUCCAAAUAUUUCUUCGUCGCACCAAGAAAAUCAUGCAUUUGAAAAAUCAUCACAUAUAUCUGAUGAGAUUCGUGUUGUUUCUGCACAGCCCUCCAUCACCUCUGUAUUGUCAUCUAAUCAGAAUUUUUUUGAGCAUAAAAACCAGUAAGCAAUUGAUUUAUUUGUGUUAAGAUGUCUCACAAGCAUUAUCGUGUGCAUCGCAGAUCCGUUCAGGUUGAGUAAGGUUUCAAAAAUGUAGCGUAAAAUGUUUUACCCACAUAUUUUAAAAAUUGAUGUUCCCACUGAACUUUUGUAGGUUCCUACUUUCGAAAAGCAGUUUUAUUCAAUAAGACUAUCUUUAACCCAUACUUGAGAUUGAUUAGCGAGCAAUUAGCUUGUGAGAAAUAAAAUAAACAAUUUUAAGUAGUAGUACAUCUAAUUUGAAGAAUAAAAUUGCUAGUUGGAUUGAUUUUAACAAUGAUCCUAACGUAAAUUUCGUUAAUUAUAGUAAUGGAAGCUCAUUCUCCUCGGCAUCGAUUCAUAGGUUGGGAUUCCACUUUCAUCCAGCUAUGAAGUCUCUGCAAAUUCACAGAGAUUUGUUCAGAAGAUCGAAUAAUUCCAAGUAAGUUGGGUUUUUAGUAAUACGUAUUUACGUGGAACAUUAUCGCCCAACCCCUCAAUCAACCAAUCGUUUUCAAAUUGUGAUUCUUAGUUCCCCAUUCUUCAGAAAAAACGUAUUUUAGAGUAAUUUUGGUAACUAAGUCGAAUCUAUUUGUUAUUGUGUAUACCUACACUGGUUGAUAUGACAGCCAAAAAUGAAACUCAAUAUUUAAGUCUUAAUUGAUUGGAGAGUGAAUGGCCUACAAACUAACUUCUUCCAAUCGUCCUCGUCACUUGAUCAUGUUUAUUUUGUUUCCAAAUUCUGUUCUGGCUAGUUCUCUUGUCUUUGAUCUCAAGCCGUUCGGGACGAGAUGAAUUGUCAAUGAAUCGGUUCCAUGAGUGGCCAUCACUCAGCCAAAUCGUAUCACUGAUUGAUCAGCGUUUUACUGAUAGACUUUAACAAUCGAUUCAUCGGACGAAAAAACUAGUUGAUGUAAAACCGAAUUGAUAUGUCAUAAUCCAAUAAAGACAUAGUGAAUGAUGUUAAAAUAUGUGGAAAUUCUUUAAUAAUGAUAGUUUGUUGAAUAAAUUAGUUAUCUAUUCAAAAAUAACCGUAUCAUUGUUGUUCGUAUUAGCUGGUAAUUUUUUAGGUAAAAUCUAACUUAUCUAUUUUGUUUUCUUUUUUAUCCAUUACAACCAUUUGUUGUGUGCAGUGAAUUAAGUAUUUCACCAAAUCAUUCAAUUGAAAAAUUGGGUGCAGUUGACAAUUGGCUUGUUUCAUCUGAAGUGAAUGAAAUAAAUUUGACUAGAAAUGAUAAUGAUUUGCCCAGAUUAUCUGUUGUAAGAAUGUCAUCUGAAGAAUGUAUUGACGUAGAACAAUCUCCUGAGUUAUCAAUUAAGCAUCACCAUCAGUUGAAGAAUACAAAUGAUCAUGAUGAAAGCAACGAUAAUAAUAAUAAUAGAUGGAGUAAUACUGAAAAUAAAGUGAAUUCAUCAGUUCGUUCAAAUUGUCUAUCACCUAGUACAUGUCUUUCUUAUUCAUGUUCUUUGACUAACAAUGAUAAUAGUGGUUAGUGAUAGUACGAUUUUUAUUAUUUUCACAUGUGUGUAAUAUUAUUAAUAAUAGUCGUUUUGUUUAGUAGGUAAAUUCCCAGCAGUUGCUAUUUGUCCACAUAUUACUCGCAAAAUGUUCCUAUCUAUAUUUAAUAUAUGUAAGAUGAAUGCAGCCGACAUGCCACUUUGGACUAGACGGCACCCAACAUCAAGAUAUGCCUUUAGGCUUGAUAAAAAUAAUGCUUCCUGACGGACUUUGGCCUGCAUCAUCCAGCCUCAUUAUCAAAGGUGUUAUGCCUUAGCUGCAAGUUCGAUCACCACUGAGGACUAGAUAAACACGUCUUUUGUCAUCACUCAGUGAUAUAUAUAUAUAUAUAUAUAAUUGGUAAGGGAAAUUAGUGUAAGGGGUAGAAGUUGAAAAUUGCCAUAAUUAUAUUCAUAUACUGUAAAGUCGUUGAGUAAAUGCUUUUCUUGAUUGCAUGUUUUAUUAACUAAUCAAAUUGACAAAAGAUAAUCCCUCAAACAACUGGGUUCAAGUCAGAAUGUAUUCAUCUCGUAAAUAGCAUGUUGUCAUUACUAUUAUUAUCCAUAUAUUGAAUCGAAAUCUAACAGUUUGCGUUUUACUACCUUAAAUUGUAAAUCAGUCGUCUGUCUACAUUCGAGUAAGAAGCAUUUAAUGACGAGUCAUAUGUUCUGAAUACUGCUAAUACACUAUUGUUUGAUUUCUGGUAUCUCUCAGUGCUCCUACUGAAAAGAAGGCUAUAAGAUUGGGACGCACUUGACUAUUUCAUAAACGUGACAACGAAAAAAGGUCUGUCUCAGUUUGAAAACUCGAUCUUGUCACAUUUACCAUUUUGGAACAUUUUCAGUGCCUAAAGCUAAAGCGAUUAUAUCAGUUAAAACCCAUUACAAUGUGGUUGUUGCAAGAGAUAUAUUUUGAUAUUUAAAAAGUGAAAAGAAUAAUUGUUACAGUAAAUGUGAGAACUUACAUAUGACCUAUUUAAUGUAACAGAAGAUUCUGUUUGCGGAGAUUGUUGAAUUUCAUUGUUUACAUCUUAGAUUGAUCUUAGGUAAACAACCAUUGCUUACUCAUUAUUUUUAGUUGUAUAGACGAGAUAUUUGACUGCUACAAUACUUAUCGAAUUACUAUCAUUGACAUGAUCCUUUCAUCAUUGCAUCAUUUACUUUUUGUUGUUCUUUUUUGUCAUACCUUGUCGAUAAAUGUGAAAUUAAUUCACAGCAUUAACCGUAAAUGUUUACAUGUAUGUAUUUUUAAAAAAACAAAUAAAAUAAUUUGGUGUAGAUUCGCAAUGUGACCAACAAAUGACUGAACAAGAUAUGUGGUGUAAUCAACUGUUAGAUUCUAUAUCGAAUUUAUCAUCGAACGUAUUCUCCUGUUCAUCAUCUCAUGAUAAUAAUAGCAAUACAUUGGAUCAAAUUAUUCAUAAAGCUAUAAUUACACAACAAAAUUCCAAAGGUUCUAUACAACCUUUCAAUGCGUGUACCUAUACAAUAAUUGCUGAUUUACUUGGUUCCUAUCCUUUUUCACGUUCAAUACGAACUAAAAUACAAUCUGUAUUUCUUUACUUUCAAUUAGAUGAAGUAAGUGUAUUGAUAAGUGUUUUUUUAAACAUGUGAAUCUGUGUGAGGAUUUGUGGAAUUUGUAGUAUUUUCACAGUUGAAUUCACGAGUCGAUUUAAGCUAGACCACCACUGAAAACUUGGAAGCACUGGACGGCUCUUUUGUCUUUGUAUGGAACUCUACAGCAAUGCGCGUCGACGGUCCUGCGUACCCUUAGAUUGACUACAUCUCCUUACGUUGCUCCACUGUCUUGCGGGUCAGACCUUUAGGUAAAGGCCCGGGGUGGGGCUCCCUAAGAAAACCACCUGCUUCGGUUUGGGCACCCGGGCAGUUUCACAGCCCACACACAGAAUGAAAUGACAAUAUUUACGAAUAAAUGGAUAAUUGAGGUUCUCUAUUCAAUGUGUAAAUAGUUGUUCCGUUCUUCAUUAGACAGCGUUGGAAGGUGAUGGGUUUAGUUUUAUUUAAAGUGGUGUACAAACAAUAAUAAACUGUUUAAAACUAAAGUGGGACACUUUCUGUACUUUUGUGAUAGAUGUCAUUUUUUGAUAGAAAUGAUUCCCAAAUUUAUCUUCGUUAAAUGCCCUAUUUUUUCUAGGCCAUAUGAUAUUUACUACUGAUAUUUUAUAAGCGGUUGAGAAUGAAGUAUGUGGAUUAGUGAUCGAAAAACCAUUUCACUAAUAUGGUUUAUAAUUAUUUCUCUUGCAUUACACUAUUAAUGUUCCAUGUCGGUUAGAUUUCGUUCGGAAGUCGUAUGAAUAAUCCUUGAGAAACAUACUCUUUGAAAGAUUGUGAUAUAUAACGUAUGGUUUAAAAUAUUUUUCUUUAUCUCUCAAGUAUGCUACGAUAAUGCGUUAAUACGAUGAUGAGACUGGUCACGUUAUGUUCAGAUCCAGGAUUCGUGAUUCCAAAAUAGAGAACCAGAGUAUAGACUAGAUAAUACUUUAUUCAACACAGCUGCAAGCAGUCACCCUCAGUGAGUCCGAAGUAUAGAUCAACGAGAGGAAAGGAGAUCACAUAUUUAAUAGUCAGUAGUCCAAGUGCCUGUUUGUCCACUCUCAACAAUCAAUCACAUUUUAUUUUCACUAUCACAUAUCAGAUUGGAAUUCACAUUAUCUCAUAGACAUUGCCACUAAGAUAAGUGUUCACAUUGCUGUUACUCCUUUUUGACGGGUUCAAAUGAACGUGAACUUUUACGUUUCAUGGGAAUUUCUGUCUAUUAGUUAUAGCACCAAAAAUAUACACUACGAUGUUUAUUCUCUUAGACUGUUAGUCACGCAUUGUGCAAAGUGACCGAAUGUAUUCCAUUAGCACUUAGAACUCAGUAACGAGGACUACGCAAUCAAACGAUUCUAUCUUGUUAUUACUUUGAAUAUCUUGGAAUUUAUGUACAUUUAUACGCCUUAUUUUUCUUUCCAAUUCGUUUAGCUUAUGGUCGACGCAAAUAAUUCUUUAAUUGAAGUCGAGAAAUAUUUGAAAUCAGAAUCAAAAUUUACUGAAUAAUACAUCAGUUCCCGUUUAUGUUAGUAUAUCAACGUGAUUCAUUUUUCUUUUCUUGCUUUGCGUGGAUAAACUGUACAUUGUGUGUACUGUUGUAUAUUUCUUUUAGAUUUUCAUCGCAUGAGAUAAAUUUAUCUGUUUUGUCGUAUAAUUAAAUUUAUCUCGAAGACCGUCUUUAGACACUAUCCUUCAAUUUUGUUGUAUGUUUUAUCAUAUGUAAACAGGAGCAUAUAUGUUUUACACCAAAAUAUAUUUUAAAGGAAAAUGGUAGGGAUAGCGAACUUUUCACUUUAUAUAUUCUUUAUUCCAUUUUCUAUUUCAUUAUGUUUGCUAGACAGUUAAUUUGUACGAAACUACUAGAAACAGGAUUGCGAAGUUGCUUUUCAGGUGAAAGAUAUAAGGGGGAAGCGAAUUAGAAGCAAGAUUUGUGAGAGUAAGUUUGAAAUGAAUUAUCAAUUGAAAACUGAGUGAUUCUUUGUUAAUGUGAUUACGUUUCAUCGUACUAUUAAUGUGCAUAAUCGAUUCAUAUAGAAACAAAUAUGUGUAUUUACACACACAUGUGCCUCUCUGUCCACAUAAAAGAAAUGACCCUAUUUGCCUUCUGUGAACCUUUAUUUAUUUACCCUCAUUCUCGACUUCUAUUUUUUCUAUUUCGAGCAACUCAUAUCUCUAAACACUUAGUGGGCAAAGAGAGAAAUGUAGAUCUUUUUGGAAACUCCACAUUCUAUUUGUCCUCUCACUUGUGUAUUCAUAAAAUCUCUGUAUUUUUUAUUCUCCUACCUUUCCUUGUAUGUUUUUUAUACGUGUAAAUAAUUGUAUCCAACAUAUUUGUCUUUUCUUCCGUAUUAAACAAAACUCUUUUUAUAUCCCACUACUAAUGUUACUUGAUUCUUUAAAAAAAAAAAACGAUUUCUUUCUUGCACAUAUGUGUUGUGCAUGUAUAGUAAUUCUUUAAAUGUCGUCUAUGCACACAUUUUGAUAAAUUUCUCCCUUCUAAAAUGUGCAUAUAUCCAUUCACCUUGUCUUUAAUAGAGUUUUACGCCAUUUGUAUGCGUGGAUGUGCUUUUGUGAUGCGAUUAACAAAGUGUUCCCCUCUCACUGUCUUUUCUGUUUUAUAUUAAUUAUUCAUGUUUGUCAAUAUUUUUUAUGUAUAUGACUUUGCAAUAAAAAUUUUUUAGAGGAGAGAAAAAAAAAAUGAAAUCGAAAGAGGUUGUGUAAUCAUACAAUAUUAAUAAAAUCAUAGUAAUAAAUUCCUUGAAUGCAUUAACUGUUUUCUUUAUAUAAAGUGGGGUAACUAUUAUCUCUAUUUAACAGUUAUUUGCUCAGAAUCAGUCACAAUAGAAUACGUCCAUUCGCACAACAUAGCAUAAGCGAUCGAAGCCCUUAGCAUCAUGACGAGAAAUCAAGGAAGAUUUAACUCAGUUCAUAAAUAAUUCCAACAUGUAUAAUAUUUAUUAGCGAAAUUUAUCAAACUGAAAGUUAUAUAAUAUACUCUUGUGGGUCAGGGUCAUUUUACAUUGGUUUUCAGGAGAACCAGACUUUCACGUGACAACCCAAACAGUACAGCUCAAUCCCGUUUAAAAGGAGAGCCAGAUACCACCCGGGCUUAAAAUUUGUAGCCCAUAUAUAUCAAACGACAACAUUAAAGUUCGUCACUCAACGAACAGGAGGGUAAAUUCUGCGAACAGAUAAUAAACAUUCAUUAAAGCAAGAAUUUGAUUGGUUACAAUGAAUUGUCAGUGUGGGGUUGUGGAGAUUGUUUAAGGCUAACCAUAAGAUUUGAUGGUCCAGUCACCUGUAAGAUAGUGGAUACACAGUGUUGACGAAUCCUAUACGUUGAUAAAACAGCUUCCUAGUUGUUCUUGGUUUGCAGCGGUUGUUUAACUAAGUUCAGUCCGUGAUGUAAACUUUAAGAUUCAACCUUACUCAUGAUUUUCACACUUGCGUUGAUAUCAAACAUUUUAAUAACAUUAAUUUCCCCUCUUCAAUGUCACUAAGAUACUGUCACUAAACCAAUUAAAAAUUAGUGAAUAAUUUUGUAAUCUAAUAGCAGCUAAAACAUUUGAGGCUUCUUACGUAAGAGAAACGUACAAUGAUUUAUUUUUAGUUAUAAUUGACCAAAGUUAUUUUCAGUUCUAUCGCUUUUUCACAUGCUGAAUAUUCCCAUCUUAUUGGGGUUCACUUACGUCUUAAACAGUUCAGAGGUGAAAUGUUUUUUAUGAUAGUGAGUGAUAUGUUUUAAAAUCUUGCAG